AUGGUCGAGCCGGGCUACGCUCGCCGCGACAGAGACGCCCGGGAGAAAAAAGUCACAGACUUCGUGAAAGCGAACAAGCGCAAAUUUCAGGGCAAAACGAAGGAGGAGCGUGCGCGGAACAACGCAGAAAAUGCACGCGUGAAGUUCAUGUACCCGCGGGAUCGGAAGAAGCAGCGCGAGGAAAUUAGGAAGAUCUGGUCGAGGAAGGUGAGCGCGUAUCUGAAGGAGAAGGCGAUGGAGAGGGAGGAGAAGGCAGCGGAGGAGGCGGUACUUAGGCCCGCUGAGAACGCCAUCCGUCCUCACCUCCCCCGCGUAUCCAAAUUCUGGGCCCUCGCCGCUCUCCGCGACAUGGUCGAGCCAGGCUACCUCCAAGUCGCCGAGGACGCAACCUUCCAGGAACAGGAACAGCGCUGGCGGGCGAACCGGCAGCAACUACCCGAGAAGACGGACGCGGAGCGAGCACAGUUUUGGGCGGACUGCGAACGACUGAAGAGGAUGUACCCGGGCGAUAAGAAGAAGCAGUUGGAGGAAAUUAGGAAAAUUGGGUAUAGAAAGGGGUGGGAGGAGGGUUCGAGGAGGAAGAGGGCAAGAAAGGAGAAAGAGGUAGAGGAGAAGAGGAUGAGGGUCGAGGGUGUCAAGCGUGAGGAGACGAGUGAAGAGGCGAGGAAGCGUAUGCUGGAGCAGUUUGGCCAUGUUGAGACAGCAAAACCCCGUGCUCUCUGGUCUGACGAUAUCGCCGAGAUGGGCCAGAUAAUUGAGGAACAGAAGAUCAAGGAGGAAGUGAUCAAGGUGGAGGAUAUGACGGCGGAAGAGAGGAAGGAGGCAGAGCUGGAGGUCCUUAAACCGUUCGGGUAUAAUCCGCAAUCCAAAAAGCAAGAGACGAGUAAAGAGGAAAGGGAACAGGAGAUCAAAGAGGCGAAGUUCAAGAUGGAGGAGAUGAUGGCGGAAGAGAGAGAGGAGGCGGAACUGGAGGUACUCAAGCAGUUCGGAUAUAAUCCGCAACCCAAAAAGUAA